AGCCUGUCCCGGCAGCCGCGGGGCCGGACAGACAGACAGACGGACAGACGGACAGACAGACGGACAGACAGACAGACGGACGGACGGACAGACAGACGGACGGACGGACAGGCGGCCGGUGAUAAAUAGCGGCCCCGCACGGGGAGCGCCGCUCCCGCUCAGCUCCCGCCGAGCCCCCGGGCCGCGAUGGUCCCAGCGCUGCUGCUGCUGCUGCUGGCCUGGCCCUGCGCCUGGGGCCAGCAGAGACUCCUCGAUCCCAACCGGCCCUUCCCGAGCGCCGCCCGCAGGGAGCCCGCCGGGAGCCGCGCUGCUGCUGCCGGGAGCUCCGGGAAUGCCCUGGGAGCAGGAGGAGGAGAAGUUGGGCCAGAAAUGCUGCAAGAAAUGAGGGAAACCAACCGGGUGCUGCUGGAAGUUCGGGAUUUGCUGAAGCAGCAGAUCAAGGAGAUCACGUUCCUGAAGAACACGGUCAUGGAGUGCGACGCCUGCGGCAUGCGGCCGGAGGUGACAGGCCCUGUCAUCACCAUGACGCAGUUCAGCCGCUGUGUCCCCAACCCCUGCUUCCCGGGCGUGCCCUGCACCGAGAGCGGCGGCAGCUUCCGCUGCGGGCCCUGCCCUGCCGGCUACUCCGGGAACGGCACCCACUGCUCCGACAUCAACGAGUGCAAUGCCAACCCCUGCUUCCCGAAAGUCCAGUGCAUUAACACCAACCCCGGCUUCCGCUGCGACCCCUGCCCACCCGGCUUCACCGGGCAGCUGCUGGAAGGGGUGGGACUGGCCUUUGCCAGGGCCAACAAACAGGUGUGCACCGACAUCAAUGAGUGUGAGACUGGAGCUGCCAGGAAUUGUGUCCCAAACUCCAUCUGCAUCAACACUCGGGGAUCCUACAAAUGCGGGGCCUGCAAGCCGGGCUUUGUGGGGGAUCAGAUCAGCGGCUGCCGGAGCCAGACGGCCCCCGGGGCUCGGCGCUGCCCCAACGGCGAGAUCAGCCCGUGCCACGAGAAAGCCGAGUGCAUCGUGGAGAGGGACGGCUCGCUGUCCUGCCAGUGCCUCGUGGGCUGGGCAGGGAACGGCUACGUGUGCGGCAAGGACACGGACAUCGACGGCGUCCCCGACGAGAAGCAGCGCUGCUCCGACAAGAAAUGCCGCAAGGAUAACUGCAUGACCGUGCCCAACUCGGGCCAGGAGGACGCGGACAGGGACGGCAUCGGCGACGCCUGCGACGACGACGCCGACGGAGACGGGAUCCCGAACGCGGAGGACAACUGUGUGUACACGAGGAACGCGGACCAGCGCAACGCCGACAAGGACAACUUUGGGGACGCGUGUGACAACUGCCGGCAGGUGAAGAACAACGACCAGAGGGACAUCGAUGGCGAUGGCAAGGGGGACGAGUGUGACGAGGACAUGGACGGGGACGGGAUCAAGAAUUCCAUGGACAACUGCAGGAGAGUGCCCAACCCCGACCAGAGGGACGGCGACGGUGACGGCGUGGGGGACGCCUGUGACAGCUGCCCCACCCUCAGCAACCCUGACCAGAAAGACACUGACCACGAUCUGGUGGGAGAUGUCUGUGACACCAACCAGGACAGCGACGGUGACGGGCACCAGGACUCGCGGGACAACUGCCCCACGGUGCCCAACAGCUCCCAGGUGGACACGGACGGUGACGGGCUGGGGGACGAGUGUGACGAGGAUGAUGAUGACGAUGGCAUCCCCGACUUCAGGCCCCCCGGCCCUGACAACUGCAGGCUGGUGCCCAACCCCGGCCAGGAGGACUCGGAUGGGGACGGCGUGGGGAACCUGUGUGAGGAUGACUUCGACAGGGACAUGGUGAUCGACAGGAUCGACGUCUGCCCCGAGAACGCCGAGGUGACGCUCACCGACUUCAGGGCCUUCCAGACCGUGGUGCUGGACCCCGAGGGGGACGCCCAGAUCGACCCCAACUGGAUCGUCCUCAACCAGGGCAUGGAGAUCGUCCAGACCAUGAACAGCGACCCUGGCCUGGCUGUAGGGUACACAGCCUUUAACGGGGUGGACUUCGAGGGCACCUUCCACGUCAACACGGCCACGGACGAUGACUACGCUGGGUUCAUCUUUGGCUACCAGGACAGCUCCAGCUUCUACGUGGUGAUGUGGAAGCAGAUGGAGCAAACCUACUGGCAGGCAAACCCCUUCCGGGCAGUGGCCGAGCCUGGCAUUCAGCUGAAGGCAGUGAAAUCCAAGACGGGCCCUGGGGAGUACCUGCGGAAUUCCCUGUGGCACACGGGAGACACCACGGACCAGGUGAAGCUGCUCUGGAAGGACCCGCGGAACUCGGGCUGGAAGGACAAGACCUCCUACCGCUGGUUCCUGCAGCACCGGCCCCAGGUCGGCUACAUCAGGGCUCGGUUCUACGAGGGCCCCGAGGUGGUGGCAGACACGGGAGUUGUCCUGGACACCACCAUGAGAGGGGGACGCCUCGGGGUCUUCUGCUUCUCCCAGGAGAACAUCAUCUGGUCCAACCUCCGCUACCGCUGCAACGACACCAUCCCAGAGGACUACGAGACGUUCCGGUUCCAGCAGGACUGAAUCCCCUGCAGCGCCUCCCGCCCCCAGCCCGCGCUCGGCCCCGCUCCCGCUCUGGAAUCCCGCCCCAAGAGCUGUCAGCACCUCCCACCCCGCCCUCACAGCCUCCAGCUCCCCUUCCCCACAGCAAAUCCCUGAAAAUGUUACACAAAUCCUCUGGGAAGGGCAGAGGUGGAGCCAGGGAGUGUGACCAGAAGCCUGAGCUGCUGCAAGCCCGGCUCAGGGCCGUGCUGGGAGCUCCCUGCAGCAGCUGGGAUGGUUGGAGUUCCUUUGGCGUGGACGAUUCCCAGGAAUCUUCUCCCUGCUCCAGGGCUCCUGAGUGUGAACGUUGUUUUCCUUUUCAAGACCUGCUGCAAAGCAAACUGAGAGGGACACGUGGAGCAGCCUCGGUACAAGUUGCUCAUUUUAAUAAAUGAAAAAGCACUUUAAGGAGAGUAUCUUUGUUCUGGGAUGUUGGAAAAUAAACACUUGGAAUGCUGGAUAAUAAAUUCUGGAUUUCUCCUUGGUCA